AUGACAGCCAACAAGGGGUCCCAGUGUGAUAUGCUGGAGGGCAGAGCUGACAACCAAAGAAUACCUGGGCAAGCUGGAGGGAUGGGCCUGCAGGAACCUUGCCAAAUUAAUCAAGGACAAAUGCCAGGUUCUUCACCUACUAGAAAGAAGAGUCCUUGGCAGGGGUUCAGGCUGCAGACAAGAGGAGCUGCAGAGAGGUACUGCGAAAGCCUUUCAACAGAGGGAGAAUACAUCAAGAUGUUCAUGCGAGGUCGACCAAUCACAAUGUUCAUUCCUUCUGAUGUAGAAAACUAUGAUGAUAUUAGGACAGAGCUGCCUCCUGAAAAGUUAAAACUGGAGUGGGUGUAUGGGUAUCGUGGAAGAGACUGUCGAGCCAAUGUUUACCUCCUUCCUACAGGAGAAAUUGUCUAUUUUAUAGCAUCAGUGGUGGUACUGUUUAACUAUGAGGAGAGAACCCAGCGACACUACUUGGGUCACACAGACUGCGUUAAAUGUCUUGCAGUUCAUCCAGACAAAAUUAGAAUUGCAACAGGACAGUUAGCUGGAGUGGAUAAAGAUGGAAGGCCUCUGCAGCCCCAUGUUAGAGUGUGGGACUCGGUGAGCCUGGUGACACUGCAGGUCAUCGGCCUUGGGACUUUUGAGCGUGGAGUGGGGUGCUUGGACUUUUCGAAAGCGGAUUCUGGUACUCAUUUAUGUGUAAUUGAUGACUCUAAUGAGCAUAUGCUCACUGUAUGGGAUUGGCAGAGGAAAUCCAAAAUAGCAGAAAUAAAGACUACAAAUGAAGUUGUUCUUGCUGUAGAAUUCCAUCCAACUGAUGCAAAUACCAUAAUAACAUGUGGUAAAUCUCAUAUUUUUUUCUGGACCUGGAGUGGUAAUUCAUUAUCAAGGAAGCAAGGGAUAUUUGGGAAAUAUGAAAAACCCAAAUUUGUUCAGUGUUUGGCUUUUUUGGGAAAUGGUGAUGUGGUGACUGGAGACUCAGGUGGGAUAAUACUUAUAUGGGGCAAAACUACUGUAGAAUCUACUCCAGGAAAAGGACCUAAAGGAGUCUAUCAGAUAAGCAGACAGAUCAAAGCUCACGAUGGCAGCGUGUUCACACUCUGUCAGAUGAGGAAUGGGAUGCUGCUGACUGGAGGUGGGAAAGACCGAAAGAUCAUUCUGUGGGAUCACGAUCUGAAUCCUGAAAGGGAAAUUGAGGUUCCUGACCAGUAUGGAACAAUCAGAGCAGUAGCAGAAGGAAAAGCAGAUCAAUUUUUAGUGGGUACUUCACGAAACUUUGUUUUGCGAGGAACUUUUAACGAUGGUUUUGUAGUAGAGGUCCAGGGUCAUACAGAUGAACUCUGGGGACUAGCAUCCCAUCCCUUCAAAGACUUAUUUUUAACGUGUGCCCAAGAUAGGCAAGUUUGCAUGUGGAACUCUGUGGACCACACACUGGAAUGGACCAGGCUGCUAGAUGAGCCAGGGCACUGUGCUGACUUCCAUCCCAGUGGAGCAGUGGUCGCAAUAGGAACGCACUCGGGCAGGUGGUUUGUUUUGGAUGCUGAAACGAGAGAUCUGGUUUCAAUACACACUGAUGGCAAUGAGCAGCUCUCAGUGAUGCGCUACUCAGUAGAUGGCACCUUACUUGCAGUUGGAUCCCAUGACAACUUUAUUUACCUCUAUGUGGUAACAGAAAAUGGAAGAAAAUAUAGCAGAUAUGGAAAAUGCACUGGACAUUCCAGCUAUAUUACACACCUUGACUGGUCCCCAGACAACAAGUAUAUAAUGUCAAACUCAGGAGACUAUGAAAUACUAUACUGGGACAUUCCAAGUGGCUGUAAGCUAAUCAGGAAUCGUUCUGACUGUAAGGAUAUAGAUUGGACAACAUACACUUGUGUGCUAGGCUUCCAAGUGUUUGGAGUUUGGCCUGAAGGCUCAGAUGGAACAGACAUAAAUGCCCUGGUCAGAUCCCACAACCGAAAAGUGAUAGCGGUUGCUGAUGAUUUUUGUAAGGUCCAUCUCUUUCAGUACCCCUGUUCUAAGCCAAAGGCUCCAAGUCACAAGUACAGUGCUCACAGCAGCCAUGUGACAAACGUCAGCUUCACCCGUAGCGACGGCCACUUGAUUUCAACUGGAGGGAAAGACAUGAGUAUUAUUCAGUGGAAACUUGUGGAGAAGAUAACCCUGCCACAAAAUGACAUUGGUGUCGACGUCGGCGCGCCCAGAGCGCCCCUCCCUGCCAGUGAAAACAGUGUACAGCCUCCUGCCCCUCUCCCACAGCCCUUCAGUGAAACGAACCAAAACGAAAGCGUCACUGGCAGCUCUCCGGCUUCUUUGGAGAGCAACUUGGAGCAGUCUGCAGAGGAGCAGAGCGAGGAGCAGAGCGAGGGGAGCAGCCUGGAUCCUGCCGAGCCGGGCUAUGAGGAGCCUUCCCACGAGCUGAGUGAGGAGCACAGUGGAUCCACGCUCACUGAGGAGCACCAAGAGGACUCCCCCGUGUCUUAACGCCCCCAGCGCGGGCGGGUGUGACCUUCCCGUGGCGCGCGUGCUUUCGUUACAGGGUGAGGGUUCAGACAGGGAGAGGUAGCUGAGAUUCAUGACCACUCCAGCUUUUGAGUUGCAGUGAGAUUUUUUUUUUAGUUUGAGCUUCAGUUCAACGUGUGGAACCGUCCCAAGGGCCUGGCUUGGUAGUCUGUGUCAAGAUCUGGUUGCAGUUAGUAGUAGACAUUACCGUAGAUCCAUUUCAG